ACAUGGGACCACAUGUUACAAGAAUUCUAAGCUAUAUAAAUCCACAGAAUAUUUUAAUUGCUCAAGGUUCAGGUCAUAACAAUAUAUUAAUAAGUAAUGACUAUGGGAAGAAAUGGAAUUCAACGAAUUUUCGUACACAAGGAAAUUUAAUCAAGAAUUCAAUAUCUCAAAUUAAUGCAACUUUAAUAUCUUGGACUAUGAACGCUGGAAAAUUUGAUCAGAAUAUUAUCGGCACCUCGUGUCAACUGUUUCAACAAGGUUCAUUUAAAU